CGGGACCGGGACAGCGGGACCGGGACAGCGGGACCGGGCCAUGGCCCCCCACCCGCCCAGCGCCGGGCACUACCUGCGCUCCGACAGCGGCGGCUCGGAGGCGCCCAUGCUGGCGGAGGGUCCCGGUCCCGGCCCCGCUCCCGGUCCGGACGGAGGCCCCGGUGCGGUGCGGGGGCAGCGGCGGCGGCGGUGCGGUCCCCUGUGGGGCAGCGUGGCUGUCAUGGCCAUCCUGGCAGUGCAGAUCGCCUCCACCACCGUCCUCUUCGUCUACUUCACCAUGGCCAUCUCCAAGCUGAAAUCCCAGGCUCCGGGGAGUGCGGAGGAGCUGCGGUGUCUGCAGAUGCUCAAUCAGCAGGCCGAGGGCUCCAGCCUGGAGGAGCUGAGCAGCAGCCAGACCUGUAUCAAGCUGGCCAGCACCAUCAAAGCCUACGUGGCCACGGUGACAGAGAACAUCCUCCGCAGGAGCGCAGUGAAGGAGGCCCGGCAGAGCUACUUGAACACCUCAGAGGGGCAGGUUCCUCCCAAAACAGCCAGGAAGCCCUCUGCACAUCUCACCCUCCGCCCGCAGAGCCUGAGCCAGGAUGGAGUCUCGGAGCGCUUCGGGAACCUGUCGCAGUCGUGCCGCCACGCCAUCACGCGCUGGGAGCACAGCACCCUGCACUCCCACCUGCAGAACAUCACCUACCGCGACGGGCGGCUGCGGGUCGAGCAGCCGGGCAAGUACUACGUGUACUCCCAGAUCUACUUCCGCUACCGCAGCGCCGGCGCCCAGGACUCGGGCCCGCAGCUCGUGCAGUGCAUCCAGUGGCAGCCCUCCCGCAGCCAGCCCAUCCUGCUGCUCAAGGGCGUGGGCACCAAGUGCUGGGCGCCCGAGGCGGACUACGGGCUGCACGCGCUCUACCAGGGCGGGCUCUUCGAGCUCAAGGCCGGCGACGAGCUCUUCGUCUCCGUGUCCUCCUUGGCCAUCGACUACAACGACGCAGCCGCCAGUUACUUCGGGGCCUUCCGGCUCGACCUGUGACACCCCCUCUGCUCCCACCUGCCCGCUGGUGCUCCCGCGUGGCCCCAAUGGCCAGGGGGUGACACAGGGUCCUUCCCGGUGUGCCUUGUCCUUUGCGGUGAGGGACAAGACAGAGAGGGCACAAGGGAAGGCUCCCCGCAGGGACCUGCUGUGCUUGGGGCCACCAUCCAGGUGGCAGGAAGCCUGAGAGCCUGGAAAGGUCCCCAGGGACCUACAGGGGACAUGCACGAUGGGAGAUACCCCAGCCCUGGUGGCACAUCACCUCCCAGGGGCUCCCUGCAGCAGGAGGGGCACCAGGGCCACGUCCACCCUGGCAAGACAUGGCAAGACACAGUGUCCCUGUGAUGGGGUGGCCCUCCAUGAGUGUGACCC